AUGAACAGGAGUUUGGAAGACGCGGAUUCCAACCCACGAUCACGGAGGGCUCUGAGUGGUUCACGACUUAGCGGAGAGAUCAUGCAGAUGCGGCGGACGCCGCGAGAGAACUACAGUCCGAAGCGGGGCCUGAGGCUGGGACGGAACUGCUGCCGCGUCACCGUCAGACUAAUGAGGAGCAAAGAACGUCGUUUCCUGAGACGGAAGGUCCUGCGCACGGGAGGCAUUCCACCUCCAGCCGCUUCCGAGCGAGCUGGCCCAGAGGGGCCGCUCUCCUUCAACCACUACCCCCGCCCCGAAGGAGACAGGAGCUUCAACCUCAGGCCCCUAAACCGGCGCUCGCUCGCACCCGGGACCACCGGAUCCAACACCCGCCCCGCUCACCGCGGCGGGGGAGGAGGAGAAAACCGCACGCAGGAAGUGUGUCCCGCGCACCGCUCCCGGCCCCCCCCGCGUCAGGACCUUGCGCCCCGCCAGUCGGUACCUGUCCUCCGCCCCCAACAGGCGAGAAGCUGCCGCGUCCACAUGGCUUCAGGUGUUCACACGGCAAUAAACGGGCCCCCUUCCCUCCCGCGGCAGGGCGCGCUCCGACUCCGGGCUGCCAGCGCCGCUCCAGCCCCAAGCCCAGCCUUCGCCCGCCGGCCUCGCCCCCAGCCGCCACCAAGAGGCGAGCGCCGCGGGACGCCGGGGCUGCCCGGGGUCCCGGGGUGGGCGGCGCUGACCCCGCGGACCCCUGGGCGCCGCCCGCUCACACCCGCCGCCUUUGCACCCGAGGCCGCGACAAGCAGGCGCCUGGGCCACUCCAGGAUUACAAAUGGAGCCUUCUGCCUCUAGGUCACUGAUUCCGCU